AUGAGUUCCGAGGGUCUGUCUGGGGUAGGAAGUGACAUGAGUCCCGAUGGUCUGUCUGGGGUCAGAACUGACAUGACUCACGAGGGUCUAUCUGGGGUCAGAAGUGACAUGAGUUCAGAGGGUCUAUCUGGGGUCAGAAGUGACAUGAAUCCCGAUGGUGUAUGUCGGGUGAGAACUGACAUGAGUUCCGAGGGUCUGUCUGGGGUCAGAAGUGACAUGAGUUCCGAGGGUCUGUCUGGGUUCAGAAGUGACAUGAGUUCCGAGGGUCUAUCUGGGGUCAGAAGUGACAUGAGUUCCGAGGGUCUAUCUGGGGUCAGAAGUGACAUGAGUUCCGAGGGUCUAUCUGGGGUCAGAAGUGACAUGAGUUCCGAGGGUCUGUCUGGGGUCAGAAGUGACAUGAGUUCCGAGGGUCUGUCUGGGGUAGGAAGUGACAUGAGUUCCGAGGGUCUAUCUGGGGUCAGAAGUGACAUGAGUUCCGAGGGUCUGUCUGGGGUCAGACGUGACAUGAGUUCAGAGGGUCUAUCUGGGGUCAGAAGUGACAUGAGUUCAGAGGGUCUAUCUGGGGUCAGAAGUGACAUGAGUUCAGAGGGUCUGUCUUGGUUCAGAAGUGACAUGAGUUCAGAGGGUCUGUCUGGGUUCAGAAGUGACAUGAGUUCCGUGGGUCUAUCUUGGUUCAGAAGUGACAUGAGUUCAGAGGGUCUGUCUUGGUUCAGAAGUAACAUGAGUCCCGAGGGUCUAUCUGGGGUCAGAAGUGACAUGAGUUCAGAGGGUCUAUCUGGGGUCAGAAGUGACAUGAAUUCCGAGGAUGUAUGUGGGGUGAGAAGUGACAUGAGUUCCGAGGGUCUAUCUGGGGUCAGAAGUGACAUGAAUUCCGAGGGUCUAUCUGGGGUCAGAAGUGACAUGAAUUCCGAGGAUGUAUGUGGGGUGAGAAGUGACAUGAGUUCCGAGGGUCUGUCUGGGUUCAGAAGUGACAUGAGUUCAGAGGGUCUGUCUGGGUUCAGAAGUGACACGAGUCCCGAGGGUCUAUCUGGGGUCAGAAGUGACAUGAAUUCCGAGGGUCUAUCUGGGGUCAGAAGUGACAUGAGUUCCGAGGGUCUAUCUGGGGUCAGAAGUGACAUGAGUUCCGAGGGUCUGUCUGGGGUAGGAAGUGACAUGAGUCCCGAUAGUCUGUCUGGGGUCAGAACUGACAUGACUCACGAGGGUCUAUCUGGGGUCAGAAGUGACAUGAGUUCAGAGGGUCUAUCUGGGGUCAGAAGUGACAUGAAUCCCGAUGGUGUAUGUCGGGUGAGAACUGACAUGAGUUCCGAGGGUCUGUCUGGAGUCAGAAGUGACAUGAGUUCCGAGGGUCUAUCUGGGGUCAGAAGUGACAUGAGUUCCGAGGGUCUAUCUGGGGUCAAAAGUGACAUGAGUUCCGAGGGUCUAUCUGGGGUCAGAAGUGACAUGAGUUCCGAGGGUCUGUCUGGGUUCAGAAGUGACAUGAGUUCCGAGGGUCUGUCUGGGGUAGGAAGUGACAUGAGUUCCGAGGGUCUAUCUGGGGUCAGAAGUGACAUGAGUUCCGAGGGUCUGUCUGGGGUCAGACGUGACAUGAGUUCAGAGGGUCUAUCUGGGGUCAGAAGUGACAUGAGUUCAGAGGGUCUAUCUGGGGUCAGAAGUGACAUGAGUUCAGAGGGUCUGUCUUGGUUCAGAAGUGACAUGAGUUCAGAGGGUCUGUCUGGGUUCAGAAGUGACAUGAGUUCCGUGGGUCUAUCUUGGUUCAGAAGUGACAUGAGUUCAGAGGGUCUGUCUUGGUUCAGAAGUAACAUGAGUCCCGAGGGUCUAUCUGGGGUCAGAAGUGACAUGAGUUCAGAGGGUCUAUCUGGGGUCAGAAGUGACAUGAAUUCCUAG